AUGGUUGGCUUCCUUGGUGCUGCCGCAAAUUGGACAAUCCCAAUUGCUUCUUUUAUGAAUUUAAAAAAUGACCCAGAAAAAAUAGAUCCAAUUAUGACAACUACACUUGCAAGUUACAGUUUAGUAUUUAUGAGAUGGGCUAUCGCUAUCUAUCCACCAAAUUAUUGGCUUUUAGGUUGUCACGCUGCUAACGAAGUUGCUCAAUUAACUCAAUUGUCAAGAUGGGGUUUGUAA